AUGAAAUUACUAGAUCCACUAUCAGGCUACAGAAUCACAUCACAGAUAUCUUUCUUUUAACUGGGGUUCACUGUGGCUAUGUCUCAUCUUUCUUUCUAGGAUGAGUUUGACCCAGAUAAUAGAGACUACGCCAUUUUGUUUCUAAUCAUAUCCCAUAUCUCAUUCGCUGUAAUUGACUAUGGUAGAGUGCUACUAUAAAAAUUCAGAAAGACCUCUAUAAUCAUCACUGGUACACUAAAUUUUGUGAGUACAGCAGCAUAUUAAGUAGUUAUCUUCUACGCAUAGGUGAAGUAUUUGAAUUCUGAGAUUAAUGAGGCAAACUUUGGCUCAGUAGAGGAGUUUGAAACCAAGGAAUCAAGAGCACUUAAUUGGCUAAUGAUUGAAAUUGCUGUUUAUUACUUCUAAGUUGGCCUCACAGUGAUAUUCCUACUUUUACAAAUAUUUUUGGGACUUGAAAUUAAAUGUGAUAAAGAAAAGGAAAUGGAAUUAGAAAUGAUUAGAUAAUCCAAAGCUGUCUUAAGUAGGAGAAUCAGCAGAACUCCAACUCCAAAUCAAUAGUUACUUGAACAAUAAGAGUAAGAGGAACAAAAGACUCCUGAAUAGGAGCAGCAACAAGAAAAUAAAAGCAAAAAGUUAACAGAAUAAGAAGGAGAGGAUAGUUAUGAUGGCGGUAAAGACAAUAAUUUCAGUUUGGAAUAUCAAGACUUUUGGUCAAAUUUAAGACAAGAUUAGGAUUUCCUUGCAUUGAUAAACGACUAACUUUAGUAAUUUUUGUUCUACGGAAUAAUCUUUACUGUUUCUUUGUUCGUCAUAUGUGUAUAAGAUCACGAGGAGUACGAAAACAAGGAGUUUUCCUAUUUCUAUCCCAUUCUAGCAUUAACUAUUCUUUUUGGGAUUUUAUUCCUUUACACAAUAAUCGACUUGUUUACAAAGUACAAAGAACCUGAAUGUAUGAAGAAAUAUUUUUUGAAAGUGAUGCUUGGAUUGAUAUUCAUCGAUUUAACUUAUAUGGUAGUGGAUCUAUUUAUUUUUGGAGUAUAAGAGAACUUGGAAAGAUAUUGGAUUAUGACUGUAGUAUCAAUUGCUAUUUCCUAUAUUAUUACAGAGAUUAUUGUUAGAUUUUUGGCAAAAAAUGAUGAUCAUCUUUAAAGAUAAAAAGAUAUUAUGUUUGCUUAGGAUAAGGAAGAAAAGAGAACUCUCAUACAUCCACAUUCAAAGCAAAUAGACUUAGAAGAUGAUAUUUAUGCAAUCACGAUACUUUCUUUUAAUGUCCUUGAUAAAAGAAGAAAAAUAGAAGUCUAGCUUACUAUUUAAUCUGCUUAAUCUGUAGAAGAAGAGUCUAUAUCUCUAAGUUAAGAAGAAAAUUUGCUGUAAUAACCAGUUUAGUAGGUAAGACCGGAAGUAUAGAGGGCUCCAGUAACUUAUGUCGAAGCAUCCAAGAACUUUAGUACGUGUGUGAUUAUCUUCCUAAUUCAAAUGGCAUUGAUUAUUCUUAUGUUUAUUUAGCUAAAAUCCAGUGAUAAAAAUGUAGAGCUACUGUUUUCUGUGUUUUUGACUAGAAUACUUUGCUCUUUCUUGUUGCAUAUGAGACUUGAAUCAGAGAUAUACCAAGCCAUUUAGCUAUUUAAUUAUGCAAGAUUAAUGGUUUAUUAUAAGGACAAUAGACUAAGCAUGCUUAUGGUAUCAGGCAUGCAGUUUGUGGGUGCUUUCUUCACGGAGAUUAUUAACAUAUACCUUAUAGCAUCACAGAAUACCGUGGCUGAUGUCCUUAUCAACUAUAUUGCUCUUGGUGUAAUAGCUGAAAUAGAUAAUAUUUAUGCAAAAUCACUUCAGCAUAAUACAAUGAGAGCAAUGAUUGCAGAUGGUGUAACACUUGAGUAUAAUGAAGAAAAUCCAGCAAGGCCAGGCUACUAGAAGAAUAAAUCCUUAGCCAAAAUUCUAUACAAAAUAAUAAGGGUUUAUUAUGAAAGCUAUUAUUACUAUUUCAUGCCAUUCACAGUAGUUGGCUUAACCUUCCUAUUUAUCAUGUUUUGA